CCUUAGUCUUCGGGAACCCUAGCCUACGGUGUCUUUCUCCUCUCCUCAUCACGCGAUCUCUUCACGUUCCCUCUCCUCACAAAAUCUCCUCUUCCCGAUCUCCUCACACAAUCUCCUCCACUCACACGUUUUUGCCUUCCACCCCUUUGCACGAACCCCUCUCCUCAAAACUCCUCUCUGCCUAAACCUCUCUCGCUGAACAUCUCCGACGAACCCCUCUCCUGGAACUUCUUCUUCGAACUCCUCUCAGACUAACCCUCUCGUGGCUCAUCCUUUGCUCUUGUCGACUCGUCUCUCACUCUCUUGGCGGUUUCCUCGGCGAUCAAGCGAGAGGCGGCAUGGGAUUCUUUAGGAGCCUCACUCGACUACCCGACCCAACUGGGUUCGGCUUCAGUUCCACAUCCAAGCAGGUCACUGAGGGCAUCGACGCUUCCAAGCAGACCGUCAUCGUCACCGAUCUGAUUUGUUUCCGACUUGAUUUUGGUGCCUAAUUCAUUCAAACUCCCACUCUUUCCUCGCUGCUCGUUUGGUGAUGGCUCCUUUUUAUAUUGAAAAAACUUUUAAAAUGUUAAUUCUUAUUUUAAUUUACUAAUGUUGUUUGCUGAUCGCUAUACUAAUAUUAUGUCAAGGAAUGAGAAUCUCUCUUCUAGAUUUUGCUAAUUACCUACACCAAAAUUCUGCAUUCUUGCAUUCAUUUCAAAUUGCUCGAAGACGGCAAAGAGAUCCAUCUCCAGAUCAUCAGUCACAGGUAUUUCGCUGGAAACUAUUCUCUUCUCGAAAAGAUUGUUCAGAUGUACAUAUCAUGCGGCGAGAUUGAGUCUGCCCGUCUCGCGUUUGACGAGUUACUGCAACCAAGUGUCUUCCUGUGGAACGCCAUGAUCAGGGCUUAUGCUUGGAAUGGGCCCUUUGGUCAUGCCGUUGAGCUAUACCAGAGAAUGCUCGAUAUAGGAAUCGAGCCAAACAAGUUCACAUUUCCGUUUGUCUUGAAGGCUUGUUCAGCUCUGGAGGCGCUUGCGGAUGGAAUUCUGAUACACGAGCAUGCCAAGAAGGUAGGGCUGGAACUGGAUGUGUUUGUGUCUACUGCUUUGCUCGACAUGUAUUUGAAAUGUGGCUGCUUAGAGGAUGCACACGAGGUGUUAUGCAAAAUGCCCCAAAAAGAUGUUGCAUGGAACGCUUAGGUCUCUGGUUAUGCACUGAAUGGGAGGUACCAAGAAGGAGUUCAUUGUCUUCUUCAAAUGCAACGGAUAGGAAACAUACCGAACCCUUCCACAAUAGUGGCCCUCCUACCUAUCGUCGGCCAAGCGAAGGCCCUGAUACAAGGAAAAAGUAUCCAUGCAGUCUGUAUCAGAAGACGCAUCGAUAAAGGCGAUGUUCUGGUUAAUACUGCAUUACUGGACAUGUAUGGAAAAUUCGAGUGCUUGGUUCGUGCUCGUAGAAUAUCUGACAGCAUGAGCUUCAGGAACGAGGUGACAUGGAGUGCGAUGAUCGGAUGCUACACUCUGUGUGGCAGGAUGGCGGAGGCAUUGCAAAUUUUCAGAAGUAGUGGGAUUGGAGCUGAAACUGCAAGGGUUAUGGCCCUCAGAGGAGCACAUGUCAUCAUUGGAGCAAGGAACAUGGAAGCUGCCAAUGUGGUAAAGGAGAAUAUCCAACAGAGUAUUCCAUCUGCCAAAGUUGAUGUCUCAGAGCUUGAACUUAGCUCACAAAAGUCUGCCCGAGCCUUCGCAGACAGAUUCAUUGAAAGGAAUCUACCCCUCAACGUCUUGAUAAACAAUGCUGGCGUGAUGAACUGUCCUUAUAAACUCUCAGAAGAUGGUAUAGAGAUGCAAUUUGCUACAAAUCAUCUGGGUCACUUUUUGUUGAUAAAUCUUCUACUUGAGAAAAUGAAAAAUACAGCAAAGGAGUCAGGAAUCGAAGGGCGUAUUGUGAAUCUAUCAUCUGUAGCUCACAUUGGGAUUUGAAAAUG